AUGAGGCAGAUGAGUCUUCCAGCCGUGGACGCCGUUUCCUCUCCUUGUCAUGGCUGUGUUCGUCGCACUGCCUCUCCAUGCAGCGUUUGGACUAGAAGCUGAUGAAAGGGGGUGCACAUCAUCUCCAACAAAGAGGCUCUGAGAUGGAUGCAGGUGCCUGGAGGGAGAAUCGCAUCAAGCUUUUGCAUCCAAGCAGCAGCCUGCAGUACGAGAAGGCUUGAGAGCUGGCCCUGCUUGGUGUGUGUAUAUAUGUGUGUAUGUGAGUGUGUACACGGCUGCACACUCACAAAUCCUUCACCUGGAGGAGACAGUACUCACCCAUCAUUACGAGCAGGUUGCCAAUCCACGACCUAACAAUGUUCCGCAAAAAGAAAAAGAAGAGGCCAGAAAUCUCUGCACCAAAGAACUUUGAACACAGAGUCCAUACCUCCUAUGACACCAAGCUUGGGAUCUUUGUUGGUCUACCAACACAAUGGCAGAGUCUUAUAGAGAACCUGAAAAGACCCAAACCCAUGGUGGACCCCUCCAGAAUAACACCAGUGGAACUAAAACCAAAGAAGACAAUUGUGCGAGGAAGCUUCGUUGGGCAUGGCGACUACAUCUCAGCCAUGCUAUCGGAUAUGAGCCGCCUGUCAGUGACCAGCUCCAACUCGCUGCGCAAGAGCAGCCCCUCGGCCCGCAAGAGAGCGCAAUCUUUGGGCCGCCUUGGUGAGGUGAUGGAAGGUGAGGGCUACCAGUACGAGGACCUGGAGCACACAGAGCUCGACCCAGAUGCCCAAUGGAGGGACCAUGCAAGAAACAUUCACAGUGAAAGUGGGACACCUUACAUGGGGAUGAAAAAAAGCAUCACCCUGGAACCCAAUGGUGUGCUCCCUAGAGCUGAAUCCACGUAUGAGGUGAAUAUUAACUCUGUGGAAAGACGUCCCGCUCCACCAGUUUUACCUCCUCCACCGCCAAUCCCUGUGCCACCCAGGCCAGUGUAUGUAGGUGUAGAUUUGGGAAGCCCUAAUGAGAGAUUAAUGAUGAGAAGGGAGUUUCCAAUCGUGCUGACUCACAACCCCAGGCCUUUCACUUGCUUCUAUAGUCCAACUAUGCCCAUGCAUCAGGGUCAAAGAGAGACUGGAGGGUUCUGCAAUGAUCUGAGAACUGCUGACAGGCUAAUGGUUCAUCCACAGAACAGUCCAGGUAGACCAUACUCCUCCUAUGACCUUAAGGCAGACACUGUCCUUAGGCCUCAGCCAGGCUUCUAUCACAGCGGAGCCAGCAGUCCCCUUGUAAGUGCCACCAGGCCGCACAGGGCCGUGCGCUCAUCCUCCAGCUACACAAUCGGCCUCUCACCCAACAUUAGCUAUCGACCCACAGGACCCGAUCCCUUCCUAAGACACUCAGGUUGUCCCAAUCCAGGCUUCUACCCAAGACAGGACAGCCCAUCCCAGCCCCGGCCUUCACCCACCGGUUCACUGGCCACCAGCCCGGCAGGAACAUAUUCUCCUGCAUUCAGGCCACAGCAGCACCUUUCACCUCGACCUCCACCUGACCCACCCAAGGUCACUCAUGAACAGUUUAAGGCAGCGCUACAGAUGGUGGUGGACAAGGGUGACCCACGUUCCUAUCUGGAGAACUUUGUGAAGAUUGGCGAGGGUUCCACGGGGGUGGUGUGUAUUGCACGGGAAAAGCACAGCGGCCGGCUGGUGGCAGUUAAAAUGAUGGACCUGAGGAGGCAGCAGCGACGAGAGCUGCUUUUCAAUGAGGUGGUGAUCAUGCGGGACUACCAGCACAGGAACGUGGUAGAGAUGUUUAAGAGUGCACUGGUGGAAGAGGAGCUUUGGGUCAUUAUGGAAUAUCUUCAGGGAGGAGCUCUCACUAACAUUGUGUCUGAAACCAGGUUAAGUGAGGAACAGAUUGCUACAGUAUGUGAGGCUGUCCUACAGGCCCUGGCUUACCUUCACUCACAAGGCGUCGUCCAUCGAGAUAUAAAAAGUGACUCCAUCCUGCUGUCUCUGGAUGGAAGAAUCAAACUGUCAGACUUUGGGUUUUGUGCCCAGAUCAGCAAAGAUAUUCCUAAGAGGAAGUCACUGGUGGGGACUCCAUAUUGGAUGGCCCCUGAAGUUAUUUCAAAGUCGCCAUAUGGGACAGAGGUGGAUGUGUGGUCUAUGGGCAUCAUGGUGGUGGAGAUGGUGGAUGGAGAACCUCCUUACUUUAGUGAAACGCCUGUGAUUGCAAUGAAGCGGCUGAGAGAUGAGCCUGCCCCAACUAUACGAAACGUUCAGCAGGUGUCACCCAUGCUAAAGGACUUCCUGGACCGCAUGCUGACUCGAGACCCACUGGAGCGUGCCAGCGCCACAGACCUCCUGGAGCAUCCUUUUCUCCUGCAGAGCAGCUCUCCGCAGUGCCUCGUGCCUCUCAUUGAGCAGUACCGCAAGCGUAUGUCUCACUGCUGAGCUUCCUUUCCACCCUCCCCUGCUUACCACUGUACGGUCUUGCGCUGAGGCUCCUGGAGUUCAAAGCCUGGGCGCCUAUAUGAAUAUGGUCCAGGUGCAAAGAAGAUGUUGAUGUGCAGCCGACAUGGACUUGUUACAAAAACUAUAUGCACUUUUUUCUUGUGCAGCAGGAUAAUGAAAGCU